ACACCACCUUCCGGCGCCCGCAGCGAGUUUGUGUGAGCCAGUCAUGCGAUAGUGUUCAUAGAAAGACCGCACACUUUUGCCAGAUAACCCGUCGGGGCCAGCGUUAGUAUAAUAAAGAAUAGUGUCCCGGUAAGAACCGUACAGGACAGAGCACCCAAAUAACGAGCGAGUCACCGGAGGAUAAGCCGACCACAGACCGCGGUCAACUGGACGCUUCAGUCUUUCCCGACAGGACACUAGCGAGGAUUGCUUGAGCUCACAUCCCAAAGAGCACACACGCAGGUGGGACAGACAGACAGACGUCUAUUGGAAGUUCUUGAUAAGAGUCUGGCUCCGCCUCCUCUCUAUAUGAUAUGACAUCACUCUGCGGUUACCACAGAAACCAGGGCUCCACUGCAGACGGUUGACAACCAGGCAGGUGGUGUGAUGGCUGCCCAGGUGGAGGUUGAUGCUGGGCGGCCAAGCAUGGUUGGGGGUCGUCUCCACCUCAGCCCUCUCAUAGACUCUAGCAACAAGAACUUGUUGGAGGGUUCCGGUGGUCCCCAGGGGCCCCUUAUCAUUUCCUCAGAACCUAGCAAGCCUGUCCCAGGCCCCAAGCCCAGACUUACCCCAAAACCUUUUGCUCUGGAGAAAAAUCCUACUAUACGACCUAUCCUUGCUCCCAAACCACAGCCAAAACCUAAAUCUGAAUCCACUCGGUCAGCCUCCUACAAGCCAGACCCGCCCAGCACACCAAAACCACAGCUAGCAAGUAAACCAACUCUACCAUCCACAAAUCAAAAUCUGCCUGAAUCCAAUGCCUUUAAAACAAGCCCUAAGCCCAGUACAUGGCAAACAAACAAACCAGUGGCACAUCCCUUCAAACCAGCAUCUACCAUUGCCUCCAACGAUUCCAACAAAUCCACAACACCCCAAACUAGGGAUGUACUGCGAAGAACAAGUUUUGGAGCCACUCCAGCUAGACCCAGGACUGAUGUUCACGCCUCCACUCCAGAUGCAGAUUGGCCUUUUGCUUCAUGGAAUAAACAACCUGGUUCUUCAAUCACUCGUGCUAAAUCAAUGGGCUACCUAGCAGAGGCUGGGCUGAAUUAUGAGGACAGUAAACAGGAUACUGGUGCCAAGGAGGACUCUUCUCCUGCUGCUCUUCGGCCCCAAUCUAAAGGUUCAAAACCCAGGCCAGUGUCAGCUGUGUUUCUCCCAAAUCCACCACAGUCUAAGCCUGAGGCGGAAACCCCUACACCUGCCCCUCGUUGGGCAGAAAGGCGACCUCUUUCCUCUGACCUUACCUCAAAGUUUGAGUCAAUUGGGCUGUCCCUACACCGGCGACCUGCCAAGGAGGACAGCAAAGAGAACACUCCAGAAACACCACAGAGAGAGAAAGAAAAUGGUGCUGAAAAGGCAGAAGGGCUGAAAAAGCCCCCUGAGACUGAGAAAAGGAGUCAAAAGAUGGAAUCAAAAGAUGAUGACUCUAAACCUGAGGAUGAAGGAGGAAGCAGUAUAAAAAGGCGCAUCAGCCUGCUUUUGGACUCCUCUUCCUCACCCUUCUCAGUGGCACAUGUGGAUACUCAAGGGACUGAGCCUCGUUCACCAUCGCUGUCCAUCUCAGACACUGAUGGAGCUGUGGGUGUGAAACAGCGGAUCAAAGAACUGACUGAAGAAGUGCCUACUACGCCAUCACUGCCCCAGAAGCCGCAAUAUAAGCCACGCAACUUAGUGUCUGACCGCACUAAAAGAUUUGAGGCAGAGCAUGACAGCCUUUGUUCCAGUGAGCCUAGAGGUUCCGAGGAGGUUGAGGAAGAUCUUAGCAAAAAGUUCGAAGGACAGUUCAACAAACAGGAGGAAAGAAAGACAUCAUCCCUGGGUGCUCAAGACUUUCCCACCCACUCUACUUUUAAUAGUGAUGGAGUGCAAACGGUACGAGCAGCUAUGUUUGAGAAUGUGGUGGAGAGGCAUAGUGUUCAAGUGAUUGAGGAUAGUGCCUCACAAGGCCCAGGAACACAGCAGGAAAGCACAGUUGUACCCAUGCCCAGACGGAACCACUCUUUGCGGAUUCGGGACAACACCUUUAAAGCUCUUGACGAUGAUGGUCCUGGUAGUUUAGUUAAAGCAACCUAUAGAGAGCAAUUUUCUCCUUCCAAUCCUGUAUGUGUGGAGCAUGUCUUUGACACUGUUGCUUUGUUUGGAGAAAGCCGUGCUGUUAGUGAAGCUUUACCAACUGCUCAGCUUGAGGAUAGAGCUCUCACUCUUCGUUCACGGCGAUCAGCUCCCCAAGGGGAAGUGGACAGACUUCCACCCGAGAUGAGUAACUUGAUAAAGGAUGAAGAGAGUACAUCUGCUGCCCCUCCAAUGGAGCCACGCAUUCCUCGUUACCUCCGAGUGGGGGCGCUACAGAAAUGGACUGACACAGAGGUGAACCGAGAGAUGGGAGCUGAGAGGGAGCGACAAAAAGAGAUGGUGAGAAAGAUGGAAGAAGAGAUACAAAGGCAGAUGGAAUUACACAUGUCUGCAGCAGCAGCAUUGGAGGAAGAGGAGGAAGAGAGCGAAACAGAAAGGAAGAAACUGAUAGAAGCACAAAGAGAGAGGGAGAGGGAACGAGAGGAAGUUGCAGCUCCCAAGCGGCCUAAGAUGCUAGACACAGAAGAGCAAAUGAACAAACCUAGAGCCACAUACUUUGCUCUGACUGGUCAGAUUCAAGAGCCUGUGCACCAAGGUGAGAUGUUGGAUGAGGAUGUGAUCUUUGGGAGAGGUAAACAAGGAUGGAUGGGUGGAAAGGACAGUGGGAUGAAUGAGUUGCCAUUUGAUGAAUUCUCUGUUAGAACAGGGCAGUGGGGUCCUCAGGAUACAUUUGCUCCAUUCAAAAGAAAUCCUACAUUAGAUGCUGCCAUGCAGAGAGAUUUGCAAGAGGAACUACAUAUUAAUGACACUAGAAAGAAGAUAGAUCACAGAUUGCAAGAAAGGGAACGACAAAAGGCAAUCAGGGAAGAGAUGGAAAUAGAGAGAAAAAGACUAGAGUUUGAAAAGAUGAAAGAAUUGGAAAGGCAGCAAGAAAUGAAGAAACGGAGAGACUUGGAGAUCAAGAAACAAAAGGAAAUUGAGAGAGAAAAGAGAAAAGAAAUGGAUAUACUGAAAGAGAAGGAGAGACAGAAAGAGUUGGAAAGACAAAGAGAGCAAGAGAGGGAGAGACAGAGAGAACUGGAGAGACAAAGAGAAACUGAAAGACAGAAGCAGCGAGAAAAGGAACGACAGAAACAAAUUGAAUAUGAGAGAAUGAAGGCUGUGGAAAAAGAGCUUGAGCAGCAGAGAGAGUUUGAAAGGCAACGGCAAAAAGAGUUUGAGCGAGAGAAAGAGAGAAUGCUUGACCAGGAGAGGAUUAGUCUUAGAGAAUUUGAAAAACAGAUGGAGAUGGAGAAAGAAAGAGAGAGACAACUGGAGUUGGAGAGACAGAGGGAAGUUGAGAGGCAAAAGCAGAGAGAACUUGAAAGAAAAAGAGAGAUGAAGAGGCUGAAGGAGUUAGAAAGGCAGAGGGAAUUGGAGAGGCAACAAGAGCUGGAGAAACAGAAAGAGAUGGAGAAGGAAAGACAGAGACAGUUGGAAAGGCAAAGAGAUCUGGACAGACAAAGGGAGCUUGAGAGGCAACAAGACCUGGAGAGACAACAGGAGAUUGAAAGACAGAGAGAGAUAGAGAGGCAGAAAGAACUUGAAAGACAUAAACAAAAAGAGCUGGAGAUUGAGAGAUGGAAGCGUCAGAAAGCAGAGGAGAGGGAGAACAGGAGAGAGCAGGAGGAACUUGAGAGGAUAAAGGAGCUUGAGAGACGACAGCUUCUUGAUUUUGAGCUGCACAGACAGCGAGAAAGGCAACUCCAGCAAGAGCAAGGGAAAAAGAGAGGGAAGGAUACAAAGGAAAGAGAGGAGGAGAGAUAUCAGCAUCCUGAACGACAAAGAGGAGUAGAACGUCAGUGGCGGGAGGCAGAGCAAGAAAAAAUACCUACGUCUCCACUUCGGCCCAAAGUUCUAGAUAUAGACUCUGUCUCACUGGGUGUUUGGACUGGUCGAGACAGCCACGAGAACAGUCCCACAGCCCGAUGGAAACAGCCCUCACUUUGUGUUGAUGAGCCUUACAAACCAGCCAUCUUGGACAUCGACUCAUUCAGGAGCCAAACCCAACCCAAUACAUUCCCUGUAACAAGCUUUGGAGGUUUAGAGUCAGAAAGUGUUGGCUCAAUGAUUCAAGCUCGUCCACAGGCCAUACAGCAGAAUCUUCUCCAGCCCCACCCAGUGCCUCAAGUUCAGUCUCCUUCUCAGACCCAGUUCUACCCUCAGUCCCAGGCUUUCUUCCAGCCCUCACCUGGAGAACGGAUGAGAACUCUACUCCCGCAACCUCUGCAACCUCAAAUUCUGCACCAAGCCCAGCCUCAUUCGCUGCCUCUUGCUACAGAAAGAUCUAAGCCACAAUCUCACUCAUUUAUUGAGCCCAGUUCAGCAUUACCCCAUGCACAAACUGAUGUUUGGGGACAGACUCAAGUAGUGUUGGCUGUAGAUGAGCCUCUUUGGGUGUCAGCCAUGGAGGGAUCCAGAAGGCCCAUUAGCACCAGACCGUCCAACUUUGAGCAACAGCUCUUGCGACAAGAAGAAAGAGGUACCAAUUUGACACCAACUUCUACCUCCACCAUAUCUCCCAUCUUUACUCCUGUACAGCAUCCCUCUCUUGCACCACCCAUGGUUUCCAUUCAAACUCCAACGCUGGUUGUUCCAUCAAGUCUUGGACCCUCUGUAGCCCCUAUCCUGACCCCAGAAAGAUACUGGACCUCAUUGCCUUUGAAUGGAGGGUCCAGUGAGUCUUUGUUCCCUUCUUCUGCAACACCUUUAGCUAGGAAAGAGUCUUCUGUACCCAGUAGUCAAGUAGCUACCUCCUCUGUCACUGAUCCUAUAUGGAGCCCAAACUGGGAGCUGGUAUCCCAGGGACAGAGAGAGAACCGUGCACCACACAGUGACAAAGGACAACAGAAAUUGCGAUCAAGGAGUAUGUGUCGAAGGUCUGCCCCCAUUGAAAAUUCUGCUGAUGCCCCACUUGUCCACAUGAGAACUCGCAGAAGUCGCAGUGCACACAGAGAAAGAGAUGGAGAGAGCUCGGAGCUGGUAAAGCAGUGUUUUAGUGGACACAAGGAGAAUAAAGACACAGACAAUCUGGUGCAAGAGGCAGACAGUCAAUAUGGCACAUGGGAGACAGGACUUCGCACAGAUGACAGUCUCACUCCACCUACACCUUCAUCUGAAGGCAACCUCACCCCAGCUUCACGGAAGCCCACACCACUGCACACAUCUGAACAACCCCUUCUUAUUGACACACCUGAUGGCUCAACCCCGUCAACUCAUGAGCAGACGGACCUAGCACCUUUCCCAGAGACGGCCACAACACUGUUAGACUCUAGUGCACUACGGGCUAGGGUUCAGUUGAGCAAGAAGUCUCGCAGAGCCCCGCCCUCUCGGGCUGCCCGUCACAGCGCCCUCUUAUCACAGGUACCUGAGGGAACUGGAGUAGGAACUGAUGAGUGGCGCUACAGGGACUCGACAGAUGAGAAGGCUGAUUGUUUUAAGCAAGAGGAGGAAUCAGACUCUGAGGAACAGGCCAAGGAAAUCGAGGCCCAUACAUCCUCAAUCUCCUCUCAGCCUCAGAGAGUGGCUCUCUUCCCUGGCAUGGACCCUUCUGCCCUGAAGGCCCAGCUGAAGAAGAGAGGAGAGUCAGAAAAUCAGACAGAUGGCCCCUCACCCUCUCAGCCCUCACGCUCACCCAAAUCUCCAUUCUUGCCUCGAGCUGCCCGUGUGCUUCCCUCUGCUGGUGGCAAAGAGAAUCGAGAGGAGUCCUCACCUCAGUGGCUGAAAGAACUAAAGACUAAGAAACGAUUGAGUCAGUAUGAAACCGAUAGUACAGCCUGAAGAAGCAGCAUUUCAGGAUGCCUUAUAACUGCAGUACCUGUAGCUGUAACACGUGACAGAAGCCUUAACAUUUGACCUGGAGUUGACGGGAAUCUGCUGCUGCUGACUACGACAUUGUUGUGUGUUUGUUUAUUUGUCGAUCUUCCCCUCCGACCUGAGUCGUGUACAUGUGCAUGGUGCCUUUCUAAAAGAUUUCUGGCUGAUGUAAAGUACAAAGCAGAGAUCUGUGUGUGAAAGUGUGUGUCCAUGUUGUAUGUGCUGGAUUUGUAUCUCUUAAGCCCUUUGUCAUGAGAGAAUUAUUUUUACAAAGAGCCACUUUAACCUCUAGUGAGCAAAAGAUCAGAAUUUAUGGUGGAACUGAUGGUUGAGUCGACCUGUGGGACCACACACACACUGCAAAAAAAUAAACAUUUUAAUCUGUAUUUUUGUCUUGUUUUCCAGUAAAAAUAUCUAAACAUCAUUGAAACAAGUAAAGUUUUCCACGAGAAGUAAAACUGCAUAAGAAGUUACUACUUUUUUUUAGAGAGAGAAUUUAUCUUGGAUUAAGUGUAUUUUUCUUACCCCAGUGAAGAAGAAAUGUAGUUAAAUGUAUAUUAUUUGAAAACAAGUCUUAUUAUCUUACACAGUUUUACUCAAGUGAAUGUAUCUUGUUUUUAAGGAGGUUUAAAUAUUUUUACUGGAAUACAAGGCAAAAAAAAAAACAAAAAAAACAUUAAGAAAAUGAUUUUCUUUGCAGUUCAUCUACAGUAACCUGAAGUGCUUCAUUUAACUUGAGUAUGGACCGGUUAUUGAUGUUAGAUUAUUUGUAUAUUUUAUCUGUUCAUAUUAGUUCAGAUUUCAUAAUUUUUUGUAUGAUUGUUUGUUUAAUUCCCAAUGUUUUUGUUCAGUUGAUGGUUAUAGGCAUCAGUUGCACUGCAUUUUCAUAGACAUCAUGAUUUAUUUCACGACUGGAAUAGUCAACAAAUCAUUGCUGAGCUAGCCUAAAAACAGACUGUAUAGAAAGUGUAUUUAGUUAUGAAAAAUUUUAAUAUAGUCACAAAAUGUUAUAUUUGUAUUAAUGCUUGUUUGAAAGAGUUAUUGCCAGAGGAAAAUGGUAUACAUUUAAUAAUCAACAGGAACAAUCCACACAUAUCUUAGACUCAGAUUUUUCUAUAUUUAAGAAGACCUGAGUUCCUAUGAGUUGUGUGUGUGUGUGUGUGUGUGUUUUAUUUUGUGAAUGCAAGGUUGAGAGCGUGGGAGUUUGGAUGGGCUACUGAAUGCACCAAGUGCAUCAUUUUUUGCUCACGUCUUCACUCUAGAUUUUGUUCAGAUUUGGGGCUCUCACAUAUAUUUACAGGACUGUGUGCUGCCUCAGUCUAACUGGAUGGCUGUUUUACAAUCAUUUGUUUAGCGUACUGCAUUCCAUUAUGUUCUCAUUUGCAUGAGCAUUCCAUGAUAACAUCAUGAUUCGAAAAAAAAAAAAAAUAGCAAUUUCAGCGCAUGUACAAUCAGUCAUUCCCUUUAUUACACUUAAUUUUCUUAUUUUUUUAUUUGACAUCCCAUUACUUUUCUUGCUUUAAUUAAGGGCCAAAAAUGAAUGGUAAAAAAAUUGCACAACGUUAAUCUAUCCUGUAGACCAAUUCUCCUCUUCCCUUACAAUGUUUGUAAUAAUGAAUGAAUAUACAAAGGGAAAAUGUUUCAUUUGUGUCCCUCACUCUAGGUCACACAUCUUGAAGCUUGUUCUGUUCUUGUUUACUAGUUCAAGGGAAUUUUGAAAAUGUCAAAGUACUGUAAGCAUUGUUCACAUGACAUUGCACAUUUGUUGUCACCAUAUUUUUGAAAAACCCAGAGCCAUGGUGCCACUCCAACCUAAAGUUCCGUCAACAAGCACUUUUCACCUGUUAACGAACAGCUGUACUGACCAGUAGUCACUUUUUUUAACGCAUGAGUCCUCACCUGUCAACGUUGUGAUGUUCGUUUGUAGGUGAGUAAUGUGUCCUAUGGUUAUUAUAAUUUUUUCUAAUAUCAGCUUUUCUCUGUCUGCCUAUAUGUGUUAUAGUCUAAGGGUAAAUUGUUCAUAUUAUUUUAAAUUUGUCUGUAAAAAUGUUUAUUGCACUGUGCUGUAAUGCAGUGUCCAAGACUGUAAGUUCAUAAUAAAAUUGACUAUGAAUUGG